AUGAAGUCAUUCACUACUCUUACUGCAGCUGUGGCUGCUCUCGUGGGUAUAACCAGUGCUCAGGUUACCUUUAACUCAACCACCGGAAGCUUCUCAUGCCCUAUCGCCAAUGGUGCCUAUUGCGCAAGUUCAUCCCUCGGCGGUCCCAUCAUCAUUCGCUGCACAAACGGCAUUGGUCAACCUGGUAACUGUGAUGAUAAUCUCGCGGGUUAUUUCCCUUAUGGUGUAAACUAUUCGCCAUGUUGGGAGACUAGUGAGAAGAGUGGUGAUGCUGCUUGUUCUAAAAACUGCAUCGUCCAAGGUGACUCCGGAAACUUCAACGGUACAUUUACCCUCCCAAACUGCACCCCCAUUCCAAAUCCAUCCUCAACCUCCUCCUCCCUCUCUGCCUCGAUAACGGCCAUAUCAACCGUUUCAAGCACCAUUGCCAACCCCUCUACCGCCUUCAAUCCAACCCCCACCACCCCAGCAAUUUCUCCAGCCACAACCCCAUCCUCAUCCUCUAUCCCCACAAUCGCCAUCGUCCCAUCCGGUCUCGUCACUACACUCGCCUCCGGUAUCGCCAUUGGAACUGGUGGUUCAGGUUCUGGAGAUGGAUCAGGCAGUGGAUCCGGCGGCGGCGGCUCAGGUGUUCACAACGGCACAAACAGUAAUUCCGGAACAAGCGGAAGUGCAACCGCGACACCCGUCGGCCCAAGCAGCACAACCACUGGAACGGGGGCUCCUGAAUAUACUGGUGCUGCUAAUAUUCUUAGCGCGGGUUCGCUUGCGGCGCUGGGGGCUGUGUUUGCUUGGUUUUUGUGA